AUGGCUGACAGUUCCAAACAAGGUUUUCUCAACAGUCUCUUUCAAUGGACAGUUAAAAGUACCGCAGCAGAAGAAGCAGCAAAACCCACUACAACUAGUGAUGUUAAACCUAUGAAUGAAGAGAGCAAAAAAUGGCUUAAUGAUGCAUUAGAAAAUAUGACAGUUAAUCCGGUUGAUAGACUUAAAUUAUGUAUCAGUAAAAUAAAAGAUCCUCAAGUUGAUGAACAACAAAAAAAAGAAUUUCUUGAUGAACUUUGUCAUUGGUCAGAAGAACUUGAUUUAGCAAAAGAUUUUUUUACAAUUGGUGGUCUUGAUAUUCUAACACCAUUAUUAGAUCAUAAUAAUGAUGGUCUACGUAUGCAAGCUUGUUCAUUAUUAGCAAAUCUUGUUCAAAAUAAUGAUCAUUGUCAAAGAAUUGUUGUUCAAUCAGGUUUACAACAAAAAUUAUUAAAAAUUGUUGGUGAAUCAAAUAAUCCUGAUCUAAAAACUAAAGCUGUGACAGCGAUAUCAGCUUUAAUUCGAGGUUAUACUCUUGGUCAACUUCAAUUACAAAAAUUUCAAGGUGCAAAAAUAUUAAUUCGAGCUUUAGCAUCACCAGUACCAUGUUUACAAAAUAAAUUAUGUUUUCUUAUUAAUACAAUUUGUUCAUCAAGCGCACAAAUGAAAAAACUAUUUUAUGAGAAUGGUGCAUUAGAAGAAUUAAUACGUUUAUUCAAUAAUGAAGCAUGUCCAGAUCAUCAACAUGUACUUGAAACUAUUCAUACAUUAUCAAAUGCAAAACCAAAUGCAAUAUGUCUAAUUGUUGAACGUGAUCCAUCAUUAGCUGAACAAUUUCAGUUAAAACUUUAUGAACGACGUCAAGCAAUUCAAAGCUCAGAAGACGAGCAACUAGAUGAAAUGAAUUUAAUAAAUCAAUUACAAACAUUACUCAGUCCACCUACAACAGAAAAUAUUCCAACAUCAACUACAACAGAUCAACAAUUAGUUCCAACAUCUUGA